AUGCAAGUCGAACAACCAGUGGCGCUCUACAAACUUCGGUCUUCUGAACCACAAAUAUUUCUGGUGGACCGCCGUACCGUUGCAAUGAUUGGCCGUUUGGAGGAACUCUUCACAACAGUUGGAUUGGACCGUAUCCCUUCCGAUCAACUGCCACCAAUCGUUUUGGAGCUCCCUGCUACCGUUUUGAGAAAACUCAUCGAGUGGUGUGACCAUCACAAAUUCGAUGCGCCAUUCGAUGAAUCACAACCGCUACCAGCUGAAUUGCCUGACUGGGACACCAACUUCUUCAUGAUCCGCCACACGUUGCUGUUCGACCUUCUCCGUGCUGCAAGACACUUCGACGUCCCAGGACUCUUCUCCAUGUGCUGCCAUGUUGUUCAACAGAAUCCAUUGGAGAUUAUGGGCGGAUUGUUCAAUGAUGUUCCACAAGAAAGAUCUGCCGCUGCUGCAUAG